AUUGUUUAAUAAAGAAAACCCCUUUGCUUUCCCAUUAAUUACACUCCUACCAUUCUCCUUCCUGUUAACCUUUCACUGAAGCAGUAUGCUGCCCACCCUCUAGUACACUGCCCAACCUGUGUCUGUUGCUCUCUGCAUCUUGCAGAGCAAAAAUGGCGAAACAAGCUUCCUUCCUCUUUCAGUUCUUCUUCUUCUUCUUCUUCUUCGUAUUCUUCACUCUCCAGGAAGCCUCUCUGACUCCCGGCCCAGAUUUGAAAUCCCUCUUGGAUUUCAAAUCCACUUCGGACAAAGCUUACAAGCUCGCUUCGUGGAACUCGACCACCGACUAUUGUUCUUGGACCGGCAUCUCCUGUAUCCAGAACCGGGUUUCCAAGCUCGUUCUCGAAAACCUUGAGCUUUUUGGGUCCAUCCAGCGCCUGACUUCACUCACUCAGCUCAGAGUCCUUAGCCUCAAGAAUAACAGCCUCUCCGGUCGAGUCCCUGAUCUUUCUAACUUCACUGCGCUUAAGCUUCUCUUUCUUUCUCACAACGAGUUCAGUGGCGAGUUUCCCGCUUCUGUGCAGUCGCUUUUCAGGUUAUACCGUCUCGAUCUGUCGUUUAACAACUUCUCCGGCGAGAUUCCAGCGACGGCCAACCGUUUGACGCAUCUUUUGACGCUUCGGCUGGAGGAGAAUCGGUUUACUGGUGCAAUUUCGGGUCUGGGUCUCCCCAAUCUGCGGGAAUUUAAUGUUUCCGGGAACAGACUCUCGGGUGAAAUACCGGUGUCUCUUUCCGGUUUCCCCCAAUCGGCAUUCGGACAAAAUGCAGCUCUUUGUGGGAUUCCGAUGCAGAAGUGCAAGAGCAUUGCUAGUGACCCCACAAAACCCGGAUCCGACGGAGCAUUGGCAUCUCCGUUGAAGCCCGGCGACGACUCGAGUACAGUAGUAUCAUCGCCCAGCUCGUUUCCCUCAAAGCCAAACGCUCCAAAGCCUCACCGCGAGGAAAGUACCUCUUCCAAAAUCAGCCCAUUGGCUCUAAUAGCCAUUAUAUUAGGCGACGUUUUGGUCCUCGCCAUGGUCUCUCUCCUCCUUUACUGUUACUUCUGGAGAAACUACGUCGCCAAAAUGCGAGAUGGGAAGGGCUCAAAAAUCCUCGAAGGAGAGAAGAUAGUGUACUCGUCAAGCCCAUUCCCUGCCCAACCCGGAUACGAGAGGGGCCGAAUGGUAUUCUUCGAAGGAGCGAAAAGAUUCGAGCUUGAGGACUUGCUGCGAGCCUCGGCAGAGAUGCUAGGCAAAGGCGGGUUGGGAACGGCUUACAAGGCCGUACUCGAUGAUGGCAAUGUGGUCGCCGUGAAGCGGCUGAAGGACGCCAAUGUGGGUGGGAAGAGAGAGUUCGAGCAGCACAUGGAGGUCCUGGGGAGGCUGAGACAUCCCAAUUUGGUUAGUUUGAAGGCUUACUACUUCGCCAGGGAGGAGAAGCUGUUGGUUUAUGAUUACAUGCCCAAUGGAAGCCUCUUUUGGCUUCUCCACGGUAACCGGGGACCCGGGAGAACCCCGUUGGACUGGACCACAAGGCUGAAAAUAGCAGCAGGAGCAGCCCGCGGCGUAGCUUUUAUUCACAGCACAUGCAACACGGUUAAGCUCAACCACGGCAACAUCAAGUCCACCAACGUCCUCCUAGACAAAACCGGAAACGUCCGCGUCUCUGACUUCGCCCUUUCCGUUUUCUCAUUGCCCACCACCAACGCCCCGCGAUCCAACGGCUACCGUGCUCCGGAGUUGUUAUCCUCUGAUGGUCGGAAAGGCACCCAGAGAUCUGAUGUCUACUCCUUUGGGGUUCUCCUCCUGGAGUUGCUUACUGGAAAGUGUCCUUCAAUUGUGGACGGUGGUGAUGUGUCUGGGUAUGGAUACGGCGGUCCCGUGGACCUGCCCAGGUGGGUCCAGUCUGUGGUGAGGGAAGAAUGGACGGCUGAGGUUUUUGAUUUGGAGCUGAUGAGGUACAAGGAUAUUGAGGAAGAAAUGGUGGGGCUGCUGCAGAUCGCCAUGGCUUGCACCGCGGCAGCGCCUGAUCAACGGCCGAAGAUGAGCCAAGUUGUGAAGAUGAUCGAGGAGAUUCACGGGGUGGGGGUGUCCCCGUGCCACGAGGGUUUUGACUCCGUCUCCGAUUCACCUUGCGUAUCGGAAGACAGGGGUGGAGUAGUGAGUCAGUGAUUCUUUAAUUCGAAGAAGACUGAUGAUGUAGAUCUACUAAAUUCGGCCUUUUUUGAAAAAAAAAAAUUAACCUUUGUUAAGUUACUAGAUGGUCCGAAUGAAAGAGACCAAAAAAAAAAAAAAAAAAGUUAAAUGGGCAGUCUUUUUCAUUUUUUUGGUUGUUUUCCCUCUUGGGUUUUGGCUAAUUGCUUGGCUGUGAGUCUGUGACGCCUAAAAUAAAGUUCUUUUUCGAAA